AUGGCGCCUCACGAAGGACUAGUGCACCCCAAGGAAUAUGACAUCAAAGACAGCAAUGUGGAGCUGAUCGGAUCCGACCUGGACCAUCGGGUCAAGUACAAUUCGGCGGCCACGGAGCCAGCCUGGAAAAACGGUCAGAUCGGACAGGAGGCCGGACUGUGGAUCUGGCGGAUUGAAAACUUCGAGGUCGUGCCCUGGCCCAAAAGCCGGGCGGGCGAGUUCUACGACGGAGACAGCUACAUCGUGCUGCACUCGUACAAAGUCGGAGAUGACAAACUCGGCCAUGACAUCUUUUUCUGGCUGGGCAGCAAAACCACCCAGGACGAGGCGGGCACCGCCGCGUACAAGACGGUGGAGCUGGACGAAUUCCUGCACGGAGCCGCGACCCAGCAUCGGGAAGUCCAGCAGCAGCCGUCCGAGGAUUUCGUGUCGCUGUUCCGUCGCAUCACAAUCCGGUCUGGCGGCGUCGCCUCCGGAUUCAACCACGUGGAAGAAGAAGCCCCCAAGGAGGUGACGACGUUGCUUCGCGUCUUCAAGCAUCCGGGCGCGGGCCGGAUUGACUCCAUUAUUGUGUACGAGGUGGCACCCAGCUGGCAGAGCCUCGACGACAAAGACGUCUUCGUCUUGGACAAGGGCGACAAGAUCUGGGUUUGGCAGGGCAAGACCUGUAGCCCGAUGGAGAAGGCCAAGGCCGCUCAAGUGGUGAACGACAUGACGCUGGCGAAGCACGUCGACGUGGAAGUUCUAUCCCAACUGGAGUCGCGAUCGAAGAUCUUCGUCGACCUGUUAGGGGGUAAGGGGGUGGGCCAACUCUCAUUCCAGGCUCCCCGUCCGGUCUCAUUCUCCCAGCGAUCCCACGAUGCGAGCGGUGCGGCGCGUCCAUCCAAACUAUUCCGCCUCAGCGACGCCUCGGGCACGCCCUCCUUCAAUCUCGUCAAGGAUGGCGGGCCCGUUCGCCGGUCGGACCUGGACGGGAACGAUGUAUUCCUAUACGACGUGGGCAGCCGACUGUGGGUCUGGCAAGGGUCGGGUGCCAGUGAACGCGAGAAGGCGUUGUGGCUGAAAGUCGCUCAGGCUUAUGUUCGGCAUGUACAACAAACCCAGGACGAUUCUGACGCAUACUUGACCCCGAUCUCUAAAGUCGUGGAAGGCUAUGAAUGUCCCGCAUUCCUCAAAUGGAUCGAGGUUUAA